CGUAAAUUGCCUGGUUUCGCGCCUUCCUUGUUCUUAAUCGAAUCAGGACUCGAGAGAAGGAGGCAAAGUCGGUCUCGACAAGUCAAUCUGGCCUUUCUUUCAACUUCUGUACCUGAGUCAUUGUGGGGAUCAGGAACUAAACUUGAAGGCAAAAGGCCAUGGUGUUUUGUUAAAUGCCUAGAUAUUUAAUGGUUCUUCGAAGGAACUCAUUUUAACUCGAUUUCACUUACAAAGCUACUUGUAUACCUUCUAAACGCAUUCACCCUCUCAAGUAUCUUCAUUUUACACUUUCAACACAAAUCCACCGGAAUGGCCAAGUUCCGGCUAAAGAUGCUACCCAUCAACCUCGUGGCCCUCAUAGGCCUCAUGGCCUGGGGCACAUCAGCCUCAUCAGAUUCCGCUGAAUCCGCGCCCUCACCAUCAGCGGAGGUCGAACUCAUCUGCCACACCGACAACCCGGCAGAGUGCUACCCCAAGGUCUUCCAAGCAACCGACGAGUUCCAAAUAGUCCACCCGGACCAGGACCUCCCAAUAGGCCUCCACGUCCGGCUGAACGUGUACACAGGCGUCAAGGAGGCUAAAAUCAAUGUCCCCGACGAGCUCGACCCGUCACUAGAAGGCUUGCCGGUGGACUCUUCCGUGGUGGUAGUCGAGCGGGACGAGGCCGAGGAGCAGAUCAAAAUCCCGCCCAACGCACCCGCCUACGAGCCGGCUGGGGCCAUCAAGAAGCCCAAAUCCGCCGACGCGGCCGAGGGCAGCGCGUUCUACAAGUCCCUGUCCAUCCUCAAGCGAGGCCUAGACACCGACGGGGCGCUGGAGAUGCUCGAGGACAUCUCGCACGACAUCUACUACGGGCUCAAGAUCGCCGAAGACUACGAAACAGUCCGCAGCCUCUUCUGCCUAUCCACAGUGCUCAUACAACCCUCAGACCUAGAAGAACCCCUCCUCCGCCGCGCCCGCCUCGCGACCCUCACCCUCUCCUCCACCCUCCAAAACAACCCCACGGCCCUCGCCUCCAUCGAGGCGCACUGGCCCAAACUCGCCCCGUCCUUCUGCGGCGAAGACACCCGCAGACCGCCCCUCUCGCCCGGCAUCUUCACCCUCUUCCGACCAUUUCCCUACACCCACACCAACCCCCCGGCCCCCCUCACCAAAGCACGCAUCUCCCUCCUCACGGGACUGCUCAAAUCCCCUCUCUUCCGCACCGCUUUCCUCUCCCCCCUAACGGAGGGCUCAAAUGGAACCGGGGCAUCCCACAUCCUGCGCAUCCUCACCACCGCCGCCUCUAGCGACCAGGACGAAGAAGAAUGGGCCCAAACCCAGCGCCGCGCCGCGGUGCUGCUGCUGGACACCUUCCUCGACAGCGACAUGGGCGCGGCGCUGGGGGAGUGGCCGAGGCCGGGGCAAGCGCAGCUGGAUGACGGGGAGUGCGCGGCGUUGUUUGGCGGCGGAAAUGGCAGCGAGGCACAAAAGGGGCAGGGGCGGGAGGAGGAGUGCGUGGACUGGUUGGUGAGGGGGCUGAGCGAGCGGUAUAAGCUGGAUAAGGGGCAUUGGAGUCAUGAGCUGUGGCGCGGGGUGAAGGGGGCUCGGAAGGCGGCGGGGAGGGGGGAGAAGGUGGAUUUGUGAGGUUAGGUUAGGAGGGGGAUUGGAGAUGCUUGUUUGAGUUAUGUGUAUGUUUUUGGGGAGAGGUGUCGUCGUAUACCCUGUGAUGG